AUGGACUAUGAAAGAAUUCCUUAUCGUUUAAGUAUUGCAAUCGGAAUGGUGAUUACUGGAUCGAUUAAUACGUUGGCGACAAAAUGGGCCGAUAUACAAUCCGCUCCAGGAUGCAAGAAUGGAAACAACCCCGACGAACAUCUGUUUGACCAUCCAUUUUUACAGGCGGUUGGGAUGUUCGUCGGUGAGUUUUCAUGCUUGAUCGUGUUCAAGAUAAUAUGGCGAUGGAGGACGUAUCGUGGGCGAGAAAUUGAGGAUUUGGGGAAUCAAGAUUUUAACCCUUUAUUGUUACUGAUUCCUGCUAUGUGUGACAUGAUUGCUACUUCUCUGAUGUACACCGCCCUAACGUACACUUAUGCAUCGAGCUUUCAAAUGUUUCGCGGGGCUAUCAUCGUAUUCACAGCUUUACUUUCAGUAGCUUUCCUUCGUCGAGUCGUAAGAAUCCCACAAUGGAUUGGGAUAGGAUGUGUUAUCGUUGGACUAAUCAUUGUCGGACUCUCAGAUGUUCUUUUUCCAGAUGAAACGGGGGAUAUCACUUACGGAAAAAAUGGGAUAAUCACUGGUGAUCUUCUCAUUAUCAUCGCGCAAAUAAUUCAGGCAACGCAGGUGGUUAUUGAGGAACAUUACGUCACUGCUAGAAAUAUUAACCCUUUACAGGCUGUAGGAUGGGAAGGUUUCUUUGGAAUGACGACACUAGGCGUUCUACUCAUACCAAUGUAUUUCAUUGAAACCGGUCAUAAUGGUGACGUCAUUUCACGCUUGGAAGAUUCCCUGGACGGGUUAUGUCAAGCUGGGAACAAUUGGAAAAUUGCGCUAGCUACGUUUGGCACUGUUUCUAGUAUUGCGUUCUUCAACUUUUUCGGAAUCAGUGUUUCGCGGGAGUUGAGCGCCACUACAAGAAUGAUUUUAGACAGCAUUCGUACAGUCGUAAUCUGGAUCGUUAGUUUGUGUUUGCUCUGGGAAGAAUUCCAAUAUCUGCAGAUCAUUGGAUUCAUCGUUUUACUACUGGGAACAUCACUCUACGUUAUUCCGUUUCAUCAAAUAUUCAACAAUUAUGGAGUACUUUGAAUUCACAAAUGAGAAAAGCACAUCAACUCUUGAACGCCGUAUUAAAGCGACCUUUCCUGAUGAGCUGUA